UAUUUAUAGUCUGAUACUUUCUUCUGUUUUGUACCGAUCAAAACACACAGGACGCAUCGGAAACCGGUUGCAGAGCUGGAGAGCACAGCGGAGGAGGAAGGGAACGUGUGGACUAAAGAGUUAUUUUUUGCGUGUGAAAGUUGGCGGUCGUGCCUUGCAACAUUUUAGCGCAUUGUGACAAGUGAAAAACGAUGUCUGCAAACACCAAGAACUGAAGUUCGGUCAAGAGAGGACGAGCGACAUGAGGAGCCGUAGCAACUCCGGGGUCAAACUUGACAACUAUGCCCGGCUGGUGCAUCAGACUAUCCUCAGUCACCAAGAUCCGGUGACAGGGCUGAUGCCGGCCAGUGGGGAGCAGCCAGAUGCCUGGGUGCGCGACAACGUGUACAGCAUCCUGGCCGUGUGGGCCCUCAGUCUGGCCUACCGCAAGAACGCUGACCGGGACGAGGACAAGGCCAAAGCCUACGAGCUGGAACAGAGUGUGGUGAAGCUGAUGAGGGGGCUCCUGCAGUGUAUGAUGAGACAGUUGGAUAAAGUGGAGAAGUUCAAGUACAGCAAGAGCACCUUGGACUCCCUUCACGCCAAGUACAACACGCAUACCUGUGCCACAGUGGUGGGCGACCAGGAGUGGGGGCACCUGCAGGUGGACGCCACGUCGCUCUUCCUGCUGUUCCUGGCACAAAUGACUGCCUCAGGCCUGCACAUUGUGUACACUCAGGAUGAAGUCGACGUCGUUCAGAAUCUGAUGUUCUACAUUGAGGCAGCUUACAAAGUCGCAGAUUAUGGGAUGUGGGAACGAGGAGACAAGACAAACCAGGGGAUUCCAGAGAUCAAUGCCAGCUCCAUCGGCACGGCCAAGGCGGCGCUGGAAGCCUUGGAUGAGUUGAAUCUGUUCGGCGCCAAGGGAGGUCCUGGGUCUGUGGUCCACGCGUUGCCUGAUGACAUUCAGCACUGUCAGUCCAUCCUUAAUUCUAUGCUGCCAAGGGCUUCAACCUCCAAGGAAGUGGAUGCAGGGCUCCUCUCUAUCAUCUCUUACCCAGCCUUUGCAGUGGAGGACAUUAACCUGGUCAACAUCACCAAGGAGGAGAUCAUUUCCAAACUGCAGGGUCGGUACGGAUGCUGUCGGUUCCUCAGGGACGGUCACAAAACUCCAAAAGAGGACCCCAGCAGGCUGUAUUACGAAUCUGCCGAGCUCAAGCUGUUUGAGAACAUCGAAUGCGAGUGGCCUCUCUUCUGGACCUACCUCAUCCUUGACGGGAUCUUCAUCAACAGCCCAGAGCAGGUGCAGGAGUACCGUGAUGCUCUGGAUGGGAUUCUCAUUAAGCAGAAGCAAGGGGUGCGCCUGGUGCCUGAGCUCUACAGCGUCCCCCCGCACCGGGUGGAGGAGGAGUACGUGAAUCCCCACACGGUAGAGAGAGUCCCAAUGGGCAAGUGCCCUCUAAAGUGGGGGCAGUCACUGUACAUCUUGGGAAACCUGCUGGCUGAGGGGUUCUUGGCUCCUGGGGAGAUUGACCCUCUCAACCGCCGGUUUUCCACCAUCCCCAAGCCUGACGUUGUGGUGCAGGUGUCUAUCCUGGCGGAGACGGAGGAGAUUAAAGAACUCUUGCAGAAGCAUGGGAUAGACGUGCAGACUGUGGCAGACAUCCAUCCGAUUCGGGUGCAGCCCGCCAGGGUCCUGAGUCACAUCUACGCACGGCUCGGUCGCAACCCCAGGCUGGGGCUAACUGGAAGACCAUACCGUCGCAUGGGGGUCCUGGGAACCUCCAAGUUCUACAUCAUCCGCAACACCAUCUUCACCUUCACUCCUCAGUUCAUUGAUCACCAGCACUUCUACCUGGCCCUGGACAACAGGAUGAUCGUAGAGAUGCUGCGCACUGAACUGUCCUACCUGUCCUCCCGCUGGAGAAUGACCGGCCGCCCCACUGUAACCUUCCCCAUCUCACAGACCAUGCUGACUGAUGACCGCUCUGACCUGGAUCCCGCUGUGCUGGCCACUCUGAAAAAACUACAAGAUGGCUACUUCGGAGGGGCGAGGGUACAGACCGGGAAGUUGUCGGAGUUCCUGACCACUUCCUGCUUCGCUCACCUGAGCUUCAUGGACGGCGGUAAGCAGCAGCGCGGCGGCUAUGGCAGUGAUGACGAGGAUGACGACGGCUGCUUUGGUGAAGGAGCUCUGCAUGACUUGCACUUCGAUGAGUCUGACGACCUGACGCAGUACCUGGACCAGCUGCUGAUGAUGACGGCGCCCAAGCCGAUCCAGAAGAUCAGCGGGGCGAAGGCCGGGCUCGGCCGCUUCAGGGCCGCCGCCCACAAGACCCGCGAGAUGGUGUCGCUCGUGGCCAGGGCCAAGGAUCUGAACAUCCACAAUGUGCACAUGUACCUACCCACCAAGCUGUUCCGGUCCCCUCAGCCCUCCCUCAACCUGAUGGACUCGUCAGGCCCUCCUGAUAGCAGGGGCCCCCAGGUGGUGGUGACCGCAGAGUGCAACCUGCCCAGGGACGCGAGCGGGAACAUCGACUACGAGGCCCUGGUCCAGCUGCUGAAGGAGACAGACAAUCUCCAGGACCAGGCGGAUAUCCUUUACAUCCUCUACAAGGACAAGGGGAUGGACUGGGACACGCAGCUGCAUGGUAAGGGCACGCCGGUGCGGAGCCUGCUGGCGGACCUGUACGAGAAGGCCGGAGAGCUGCGGCACUGGGGCCUCAUCCGCAUGAUCUCGGGAAUGCUGAGGAAGAAGGUGGAGGAGCUGGAUGAGGCCUGCUCCGAUCUGCUGGCUCAUCAGAAGCACUUAACUGUGGGCUUACCGCCAGAACCCCGAGAAAAGACCAUCACCGCCCCUGUGCCUCCAGACCAGCUGGCGAGGCUGAUCGACGAGGCCAGCGAGAGCAACAUCAGCAUCGCCAUCCUCACGCAGGAGAUCAUGGUGUUCCUGGCCAUGAACAUCCGCACCCAGCCCAGCCUCUUCAGCGAGAUGUUCCGCCUCCGGGUUGGUCUGAUCAUUCAGGUCAUGGCAACCGAGCUCGCCCAGUCGCUCAACUGCUCAGGUGAGGAGGCCACAGAGAGCCUAAUGAGUCUGAGCCCGUCAGAGUUGAAGAACCUGUUGCACCACAUCCUGAGUGGGAAGGAGUUUGGAGUACAGAAGAGUGUGCGCUCCGUGGAAACCGGCGCCAGCCCAGCCAUCUCCAUCCAUGAGGCUGGCAACGUAGGCGCUACCAAGAGCGAGAGGGCAGGACUCACCAAACUGAAGAGUGACAUGAAGAUGAUGGAGGAACGUAGGUUGUCAUGGUCGGACCAGAGUCAGACAAUACCACCACGUUCACCUGACUCGGAGAACACUGAGUCCGGAGUAAGCGUCCAGCGGGGCAGGCUCCUCUCGCUGGACGGGUCCGAGGGCUCCGUCACAGUCCCCGUGGCCCCCGCGGCCCUGGACACCCGGCAGGGCCAGUGGCUGCGCCGGAGAAGGCUGGAUGGGGCCCUCAACAGGGUGCCCGUCGGCUUCUACCAGAAAGUGUGGAAGAUCCUACAGAAGUGUCAUGGCCUGUCCAUUGAGGGUUUCGUCCUCCCAUCCUCGACCACGCGAGAGAUGACUCCUGGGGAGAUUAAGUUUGCGGUGCACGUGGAGACUGUGCUGAACCGCGUUCCGCAGCCUGAGUACCGGCAGCUGCUGGUGGAGGCCAUCCUGGUGCUCACCAUGCUCGCCGACGUGGAAAUCCCCAGCAUCGGCAGCAUCAUCCACGUGGAGAAGAUCGUGCACAUCGCCAACGACAUAUUCUACCAGGACCAGAAAGACCUGGGAGCAGAAGAGAGCCUGCUGGAGAGAGACCAGUCCAACGGGAUCUGCAAGCUGCUGUACGACAGCGCCCCCAGUGGUCGAUUCGGCAGCAUGACUUACCUCACCAAGGCCGUGGCCACCUACGUCCAGGACUUCCUGCCCAGCGGCUCCUGCGCUCUGCAGUGAUGCGGCAUCAGGGAGCGUGCUUAUAGGUCAACCGGUCCAGUGCAAAGAUCUGGAGCGGGUCGCUUUAGGAUCACGGUCACUUUCUUUGAUUUUGUACCGAGGCAGCUCCUCUCUAAGGUGUCAGUAGGUGCAGUCCUUAGCGAAAGAGUCAGUUGUGGUCAGUUUACUAUCUAAUCCAGUGUUGAACAACUCAGUAAUAAAUUAUCGUAUGUAUAAAUUAUAAAACGUAUGAAACUAUUAAUGCUGUCAAACACUACUUUAAGUUAUUGUUCUUUCAUGGUCACAGUAGAUAAUAUUUUGUUACAGAGUGUUUUUGUUUUGUUUUGUCAUAAGUCUUUCUUUUUAAUGACAUCAGCCAGCAUGGGUCUUGGAAGAACAUUUUCCUUUGAGGAAAUGCUACAUGUUCUCACCUUGCUUUUCAAGUAAAAACUAACACUUCAGCAGUUACAGAAAUGGUUGAUUUUAGUGGUAUUUAAAAGGUGAAUCGAAUAAUGUCUGAAUAGUCUUGGAAUGCACAUCUAGUUGUUUCUUUUGUCAUUUUUAUAAACAUGUUUUUGAAAAACAAUUACAUAGACGUAUGUGUUUUUAAUAUGAAUAAAUAUAGAAAAAAAAAACUAUACGGUACAGCUCAAGUGUUGUCUGACCUUUAUAGUUAAAUUCAUGCGGGUGAUACCUGGAGCAGAAGAAAUUCAGAGCAACACGUUUUGAAAGAAUGGUGGAAACUACCCUGUGAACUCUUAACUUUAAAGUUCUUAUCAUUGGCCGACUCCCUAUUCUGAGAUCAUGACAACUGUGAUGUAGCAAAUUGUAGCAUAGUGUGCCUUGCUGCACGGUUUACAAUGAAGAGGGAAUGGUAUGCCACUUAGUCAUUGUGAUGCUUGUGCCUUUAUUUGGAAAGAAUAGAAAAGAUAACGAUCUGCCGCUUACGUGAUUUAGUGUCACACUCCUGAGUAACAGCACAAACUUCGACUGAAAAGACUGAUUUGCUUGGUAUGUCAUAAUUUCAGUGAUCAUACAUUUAACCUAUAGAGCAUUACAUGUCAGUCAUUUUACAAUUUGCUUCAAAAUGGUGGCAGGGCUGCACUUUGUGUCCGAUGUAAACACAAUAAA